GAAUUUGUUGUCAAUUGUCGUGCCUAAAAGGCAAAAUAAGUAGUUAAAAGUUUUGCUAAAUCGACUUUUUGUCUAGCUAGACUAGCAAAAGCUGUUCUCGUCUAGAAACAAAAUAUUUCAAAUGAAAAGUUUGAAAUGGCAAUAUCCUCACCUUCGGUGUUUUUAUUGAUGGUAGGCGGCCAAAUAGAGACAGGCGAGUUUCAAGAGUUUGAUGACAUUUAUUGCCGUUACAACUUUGUGUAUGGACAGGAUUGGGUCAUAACUUCAGGCUUAGAGGAGGGAAUUACCCAGACUGCCAGGAAAUCUGUUGAUGAUAGACAAAAGUUUGUUCUGAACUUUCCAUUGGAUAUUACAUUCAAAAGUACCAAUCCUUAUGGAUGGCCUCAGGUUGUUGUUCAUGCAUACGGACAUGAUGUAUUUGGUAACGAUGUGGUGAGAGGUUAUGGUGCUACACAUAUUCCUAUGGUUCCUGGCAGGCACACAAGGAGAAUAGCAAUGUUUGUGCCUGAGUCUUCAUCCCAGUUCCAGAAAAUGACAGCCUGGUUGAUGGGCAGAAGGCCAGAAUUUGUAGAUGCCAGGGUCAUAGCACAGGGGGAGGGCAGAGAAGUGACCCGAGUGCGAUCUCAAGGAUUCAUAACACUCUCAUUUAAUAUAAUUAUGAAGGACAUGAAAAAGUUAGGCUACGAUGUGACACCAUCUGAUGUGGCCAAUCCUACCAUUCCAGAAAGUUCUAACGCAGGUACAACGUCAACACCUGCACAGACUCCAAGGUAGCAAGGUGUUUGAUUCAUAAGGUGGCAAAACAUUGACAUUGUACAACAUGUGAAAGGAACAUCUAGUGUUUAUGAUGUGAUUGUGAUUCAUAUAACCAAAAAAGGAAGCAGGAUGUAUUUAAUUCCAUAUAUGGCAGAACAUGAACAUUACAUAACAUGGCAAAGCAGAGAGCCAGCACUUAAAAAAGUGAUUUUUCAACCACCUUGGUAAAACAAACAUUUAUGCACACUACUAGCUCUCCAGGCAGGGAUUCCAGCAGCAGACAACAUGCAAUUAUCUGUGGAAGUUUUUCCCAAAGUUGUCUAUGCUUUUCGAAUCCAUAUCUAUAUAAAAAUUAUAAAUUUCCAAUAAUUUUGUUUCAAUUUGUUGUUUCAAAUGUGGUUGGUGUUUGGUGGUCGGCGGUUGGUGUUCCGCAUCUGUA